AUGAUCCGACAAACGUCCACGUGUAGAUCACAAAUAUUGGCCCUACUUAAACUGGUUCCUUACCUUAGUGCUAGCGCUUAUUGGUAUAAAAUUCCAAAUUUCGUCAUGUUCUCGUCAGUAAAAGUUGCCUCAGACGCCACCGAGGAUAAAUAUAGCGUCAUUCUUCCGACUUAUAACGAACGCGGAAAUUUACCAGUGAUCAUUUGGCUUCUGGCUAAAACUUUUAAAGAGCAUGAUCUAGAUUGGGAGGUAAUAAUCGUCGAUGACGCGUCGCCGGACGGUACUCAGGACAUUGCAAAGCAGCUUAUAACCGUGUAUGGCUCGGAACACAUUGUAAUACUUUCUGUCAUCUGGAAUUUAUGGUUUUUAUCUAGGAAAUGCUUACGGAACCUUGGUCUGGGAACUGCCUAUGUUCACGGGUUACAGUAUGUCACCGGGAAUUUUGUUAUCAUAAUGGAUGCAGAUUUUUCUCAUCAUCCAAAGUUCAUUCCGGAAUUUAUAAGACUUCAGAAAAGCAACAAUUAUGAUAUUGUCACUGGAACACGAUAUGCUGGCAAUGGUGGUGUAUAUGGAUGGAAUCUCAAACGUGCAAAUUUUCUUGCCUCAACGCUCCUUCGCCCUGGUGUAAGUGACCUAACUGGCAGCUUCAGACUAUAUAAAAAGGAAGUAUUGGCAAAAAUUAUGUCCGUAGUAAUCUCAAAAGGUUAUGUAUUCCAAAUGGAGAUGAUGGUUCGUGCACGUCAAUUUGGAUAUACAAUCGGAGAAGUUCCUAUUACAUUUGUUGACCGUGUUUAUGGUGAAAGUAAGAUGGGUGCUAAUGAGAUUGUUCAGUUUGCAAAAGGUGUUUGGCAAUUG